GGCUACGCGAUAAAGGGAGGCGGCACCGCGGCGAAGGCCCAGCUGAGUAAUCGCGGCCGCGAGCUGAGUCUGUUCUGGGACGCCGCUGUGUCGGCGUCGGCGAGGGAGGCGUGAGGAGAAGCCGGGCGUCUGCAGCCGUUCUCGCCCUCGGCGCCCCGCCGCCAUCUCCACCAUGCAGUCCCGGGAAGACGCCCCGCGCUCUCGCCGCCUCGCCAGUCCCCGCGGCGGGAGGCGGCCCAAGAGGAUUUCCAAGCCCUCUGUGUCGGCCUUUUUCACCGGCCCAGAGGAAUUAAAGGACACGGCCCAUUCUGCAGCCCUCCUGGCACAGCUCAAGUCUUUCUACGACGCGCGUCUGCUGUGCGAUGUGACCAUCGAGGUGGUGACGCCUGGCAGUGGGCCCGGCACGGGGCGCCUCUUCUCGUGCAACCGCAACGUGCUGGCGGCGGCUUGCCCCUACUUCAAGAGCAUGUUCACAGGGGCUGUCGAGAGCCAGCAGGCCAGCGUGACCAUCCACGGCGUGGAUGCGACCCGAGUCUUGGUGGACUACUGCUACACUGGCGGCGUGUCGCUGAGCGAGGCCAAUGUGCAGCGCCUGUACGCGGCCUUGGAUAUGCUCCAGCUGGAGUACGUGCGUGAAGCCUGUGCUUCCUUCCUGGCUCGCCGACUUGACCUGACCAACUGCACUGCCAUCCUCAAGUUUGCCGAUGCCUUUGACCACCACAAGCUGCGCUCUCAGGCCCAGUCCUUCAUAGCUCACAACUUCAAGCAGCUCAGCAGGAUGGGUUCCAUUCGGGAGGAGACGCUGGCUGAUCUGACCCUGGCCCAGCUGCUGGCCGUCCUGCGUCUGGACAGUCUGGAUGUAGAGAGUGAGAAGACUGUGUGUCACGUGGCGGUGCAGUGGCUGGAGGCUGCUCCCAAAGAGCGGGGCCCUAGCGCUGCUGAAGUCUUUAAGUGUAUUCGUUGGGCACACUUCCCUGCAGAAGAUCAGGACUACCUAGAGGAGCUACUGACCAAGCCUAUUGUGAAGAAAUACUGCCUGGACGUUAUCGAAGGGGCCCUCCUGCAGCUUCGUUUGGAUGAUGGUUUGCGCAAGGCUCUGGUUCGGGUGCCAAGCAGCAGCAGUAACAGCAGCAACAAUAACAAUAGUAAUAAUAACAACGAUACCAGCAAUACUGUCAUCCCUGCAGAAGAAAAUCUACCCCAUAGGUUAGGGAUGUGUGUUAAGAGAAUGAUGGUUUUCUUUGAACACUGCAAGCAUCCCUUUCUCUGCUGUGACUCAUACUCUGGGGAAAUUUACAAAGUGUUCUUGCCUGUCUCUUGCCUUGCAGACACUAGAGCCCUCUCCACCUUAGCCGUCUCUAUUUUUCCAGACCAUGACAUCUGUUCCACUGUUCAGCCCAGGAAAGGUGUAUGGGUAUAUAAGCCAGCCCCAAAUAAUUUGCAUCAACUGACUGACCACUUGCUCUGUCCGAAGGGUAUGGAUGUGACAGAUGUGAAUGGCUACAUUUACAUUUUGGGUGGACAAGACCACGUUACUGGAGCUAUAUUAAAGGACGUAGAAUGCUACAGUGUCCAGAAGAACGAAUGGCAAUUAGUAGCUCAACCCUCACAUUCCUUUACAUCUUUGACUUAA